AUGCCCUUCACCCUCCCUCGUGGUCUCGGCCCUAUAAAACUCGCAGUCGUUUUUGCAGUCAUACUUUGCCUAUUCUUCUUUAGAUCCCACCUGCUCCCAUCUUCUGGCGUCUCCUACUACGACCUUACGCCGGGCGCGGAGUCCUGGUGGCAUGGCUCCAAAUCAGACGCCUCCGGGGUCGUUGGCGACGUCGAUACCGAACUAGACUAUACCCAACUUCAAGAUGUCAAUCUGACCUCCGAAAUCACCGAUUUUGAAGACCCUGUGGCCGCGCCCUCCUUGACAACCUCUACCCCUGCGGCCGAGGAGACUGCGCCCAAACCGACCGCGCCUGGCCUCCUCUACAAACCCUUUGAUCCCUCCAUCCCGGCAUGCCGACAACUCCCAGGCGCAGACAAAGUCGUGGUCAUCGUCAAGACGGGGGCCACGGAAGUAUUUGCACGAUUGCCCGAACAACUCAUCACUCUGGCUGAGUGCGUACCGAAUCUCAUGAUAUUUUCCGACAUGGAGCAAGAUCUGGGACAUUUUCACCUGUACGAUGCAUUGAACGAGAUUGGCGAAGAAUACAAAAACAACCACGAAGACUUUGAAUUCUACCACAACAUCCACAAAGCCCAUGCGAUGCACGGAGAUGUAAGUGUGCUGGGUUCCGAGAAGGGCUGGAACUUGGACAAAUGGAAGAACAUCCCCAUGCUACACAAAGCCUACACCCAGUAUCCCAAAGCAGACUGGUUCAUGACCAUCGACGCAGAUACGUACCUCGGCUGGACGAACCUUCUCCUGCUUCUCAACCGUCUUGAUCCUGAAGACCCUCUCUACGCCGGCUGCGUGUACUUGCAUGGCGACACACAAUUCGCCCAAGGCGGCACAGGUUACCUCUUGUCUCGCAAUGCCGUUGAGAAGUUCGAAGCCAUUCGCACUCCCACAAGAAUUGCCGACUGGGAGAGGGAAACAUCCACCAUUUGCUGCGGCGAUGUCAUGCUCGGAGUCGCCAUGGGCCACGCCGGCGUGGACGUGAGGGGUGCAUGGCCCAUGUUCCAAGUUGAUCCGCCAUGCUCUAUCGCCUGGGCUCCUCCCUACUGGUGCUCGCCCGCCAUCACCUGGCACCACGUCCACACCUACGACAUCCAGGACCUCUGGGAGUUUGAAAAGACCUGGAUCAACCAAACAUGGGACGAAAAGAACCCGGGAUCCGUACCAUACCUUUACAAAGACGCUUUUGAGUAUUUCGUCCAACCGAACAUUGCGGAUAAGAAACUCGAUUGGAACAAUUACUCGGGCGACAAGAUUUUCACGAAUCCUACUCCAGACCACGUCAAGGAAGAUCAUGACUGGGAUGAGAAGAGCGAUGAAGAAAAGCAGCAGAUGUGGGAUGAGUUGAAUGAGCUCCAGAAACAAUCUGUCGGAUCCUUUGAGGCUUGCCACGUCGCCUGUUUGGAUGAUGGCGAUUGCGUACAAUUCUCGUGGCACCCUGGUACUUGCAAGCUGAAUAGACACAUCAAAAUGGGCCACGCUAUCGAAACCACGGAGGAGUAUGCGUCCGGUUGGAUCCUCGAGAGAGUCAAGGCAUUCAAGGAAGCCCAGGGAACUUGUGAAGACCCUCGAUUCCGGAUUGAUUGAAAGCUGCACUGAGAACGAAAACAAGUAAAUACCAACACCACAAGCGUCAGGAAGUUGUCACUCGCCUUUUGGAUCGGUCGGUUUCGGCCUUCACGGAUUUUUGUUACGAAAGAAAUGGCUUGAACGUACCAGAGGCCCAAGCACAAUGCUGCCCCCGUACAGACACAUGAACGGCGACGGAUAUGCGACACGUCGACUUGUCGAGGAUUGUUGACGGUGCUACUUGGAUAUGAAUUGGCGACCACAGGAGCCACGGCCGAGUACAUUGAGCAUAUGAGGACAGGUCACGCUCAAAAUUUGAUUUGGCAUGACGCCAUGAGCAAGAACACCGAUCCUCUGACGCUCUGAACAUUGGAUGACGAUAAGCUGAAAAGAAGAACACGAAUACAUGGAGCGAACUAGAGAAGAGUCGUUCAACGCAGAAAGAAUUACUUGAAUCAUUUGGAACACACUAAAAGCAUAGACAAGACGAUACCCUUCGGACGAUAUAGGAUUGCUAUGCUACGGUUAGAAAGAUAUGGAGAUUCUUGCAAGAUACCCCCCAAUUGUUGAUUACCUGGGUACGGAGUAAAUAUGUACUACUAUUUUGA